UUAUGCUUAUUAUGCUUUCACCACACAUUGCAAAGGCGGAAAGUUUUUGUUGGAACAACGAGGGUCUACGGUUCAAUUCAUACCGAAGGUGGUUUAUUGGACUAUACGCCAGGUCACAAGACGUGCCCCGCUGUAAAAAGUCAUGCAUACAGAAUACAGUGCCCUACAUUGAAACAGCUUUAAUUUGACAAUGAGCAUGGGAGGCAACCAUGGAUAAGUCGCUCAAGUUUGCACCCACGAGGAUAUAAAUGACCAAACCAACGAAAUUAAGGUUUUGAAUUGCACCGACAUUAGAAAUGAAAUUGUUUUUUCUUUUCACGCUUUUCGUUGCUUCAGUGGCAGGAUCUAAAUACGCCCAUUGUAUGUUCAAACAACAAGAACCAGUGUCGGGCCAUAUCUGCUUUACUGAGAAACAUGGUGGUCAGGUCGAAGCUCACGUUCAAGUAAGUGGUUUGGAUCGUUGUGAGAAUUACAGGGUUCAUGUGCACGAACAUGCGCCAGCUAGCGACGGCUCUUGUACGACGGUGGGCGGGCAUUAUAACUGGGCGGAUCCACAAAAUAUAGACGAAGGCGACAUGUUAACACUUAAGAGCAACACUGAGUCGGUGUUGCAUAAACAUAUUCACCCGUUGAAUAGUGCGUUGUCUUUAAAUGGGGAAAGAUCUAUUAUUGGAAGAUCGGUUGCUAUCCACGUCGGUGGUCACAAAGUUUGCUGCCCAAUAGUCGCUUGCAGUAAGCGGACAUAUCGACACAUGACCCGAAAUUUGGAGAGUUACGUUCACCCCCCAGUUUGCCCAUAAAGACAAAAUCAACCGUUAAUUCAGCAGCAUUCAUUACAUCUAUCUUCAAUUAUACAAUUUGCGAUAAAAAAAUAUAAAGUUUAAACGAUUAUGGAUUGAGUCGUAGCAAUUUUUACCUCUGCAGAAUGUGCGUAAUUAGCAGUUUAGUUAAUAGGAUUUUACAGAUUUUGUUUUUUUAAUUAGAAAAUAAACUGUACUACAACAGUAUUGGUUAUUAUUAUAUAUGAGUUCUCUCGCCAUUGCAAAAUAUAGAAUAAUCAUGCAAAGAAA